AUGAACGGCAUGAAUGGUGCCAACAUGGGCGGCGGAGGCCCCAUGCCCCUUCCCACGCCUGCCGGUCACCAGGCCGAGCUCAACUACAUCUACAGCAUGGUCGAGGAGCUCAGUCGCCAGCUUGCCGACAACCGCAAGGCCACCGAGGACAUCGUUAGCGGGCUGGGAAGGGUGCGGGCGCGGGCGCGGGCCAACGACUUGACGAAUGACCAGGUGCUCGACGCAGCAGCCGAAGAACUCAUGGGUCAAGAGCAGAACCUAGAAGCCCUCAUCUCCAUCCUAUCCGAGUCGCUCGAAAAGGCCAAGCACAGCCGCGACGCCAAUGCAAACCUCCUGUCCCAAUACGCCAACGUGCUGGCCCUCCUGAUGAAGCAGUUCCACGAGUACAAGAUGAAGCACGUGUCGGACGUUUCGGCGUGGCACCAGUCGUACCGCGCACAGCUGGAUGAGGCACGCCGCGAGAACUGCAAGCUGCGCGAGCAGAUGUGGGAGAUGCAGGCUCACGCCGCCCACGCCAAUGACAGCCUGCGCACCUUCCGCAGCCGGUACGACGAGAACGAGGCCCGCUGGGACCGUCGGGUGCACGAUGUGGCUAUGCGCCAGGAGCUGCGCUUCUGGAAGCGCCUAGCCAUGCCUGAGCUCGACGACGAUGACUCGUACUGGAGCGCCGACGACGACAUCGUCGACCCCGCAGAGAAGGAGAGGCUUCGUGACAUCGAGCGCAGGGCCGCCGCCCAUGACCAUAUGAUGGCUGGCACUGACAGCCUAGGUGAUGAUAGCGACGGCCCGGACGGUAGUCUUCCUGCCGAUGGAGGGGGCAAACGCUCCCACUUCACCUCCGCUCCCUUCCUCAUGGGCGGCAUUGCCAUGCAGAGGGAGGACUCCAAUGGCUACCACCAGCAGCAGCAGCAGCAGCAGCAGCAGCAGUCUGCGCCUGCUCCUCCGCCGCGUCCCCCCAGCGCUGCAUCUAGCACUGGAUCGACUGGCUCCUCGUAG